AACAAAGUUUGCUCUCUAGUUCUUUCUGUUGAGGAUUUUUCUUUCUCUCUUGCUGAAGACCAGAUUCUGGUCAGAUUCACAGAUUCUGCUUCUUUUAUCUCUUGUGAUUUGUUAAAGCCCUGCUGAAUUCACUGCUUAACUCAACAGGAAGUGAGUCUACUGAGGGAGGCAGAGUCCAGUGAAGAGCGGAGGAGCUGGAGUGAUCAACUGAAAGUAAAAGCAAGCUCCUUCCUGGUGGUGGUUUCCUCCUCCCUUCCCCCACUGGUUCCUGGGAUUUGUUCUAGCAGUGAGCAGCUUAGGAAUUUGAGCACGUGGAAUGAGGCAGUUUAGGGGACUCAGUGGCUGUCGUGGUGCUGGGAAAGGGGGAAGCAGGAAGGAGCCUCUGUCACUCAAGCUACUCAGAGGCCAGCCCUCUAUUUUCUCCAGCGCUGGCUUGUGACUCAGGAGUUUGAAAAACAGGAAGUACAUCAGCUGCAGGGCCUUUGUGUGAGGCUUCUGGCCACGACUCUUAAGACUCCCAUGCACAGACGGCAGCGAGGAGAACUGUGAAGAAGGUGCUUUCGCUGUGAAGGCCUCUUUGGCUACCACUACAUUCUACUACCUCUUGACAAGGAUGGAUUUCAGCGGAUGUCUCUACAGUAUCGGGGAAGAAAUAGACAGCGACGAGCUGGCUUCCCUCAAGUUCCUAAGCCUGGACUACAUCCCACAAAGGAAGCAGGAACACAUCAGGGAUGCCUUGACAUUAUUCGAGAGACUCCAGGAAAAGAGAAUGUUGGAGGAAAACAACCUGUCUUUCCUGAAGGAGCUGCUCUUCCAUAUUCACCGGCUGGAUCUCCUGUCCACUUACCUGGGUACUAGCAAGGAGGAGAUGGAGAGAGAACUGCAGACCCCUGGCAGGGCUCAGAUUUCUGCCUACAGGGUCAUGCUUUUACAGAUUUCACAAGAGGUGCCUGAAUCGCAAAUGGGAGUUUUUAAGUUUUUAUUGAGAAAGCACAUCCCCAAAUGUAAACUGGAAGAUGACAUGAGCUUGCUUGAUGUUUUCAUAGAAAUGGAGAAGAGGGUCAUGAUAGGGGAAGGAAACUUGGACAACCUGAAAAGUGUCUUAAACAGAAUCGACAAGAGCUUGCUGAAGAAAAUCAGCGAUUAUGAAGAAUUAAGCACAGAGAGAAGAUUGAGCCUUGAAAGAUCGCCGGACGAAUUUUCAAAUGGGGAAGAGACAUUCAGAAUGCUGGAAAUAUCAGACUCUCCAAGAGAACAAGACAGUGAUUCACAGACAUCUGACAAAGUUUACAGAAUGCAAAGCAAACCUCGAGGAUACUGUUUGAUCUUCAACAACCAUGAUUUUAGCAAAGCACGGAAGUCAGUGGACAAGCUUCAGAGAAUUAGGGACAGAAACGGCACCCAUUUGGAUAAAGAUGCUUUAAGCAAGACCUUUAAUGAGCUUCAUUUUGAGGUAGUACAUUUUGAAGACUCCACAGCAAAAGAAAUCCAUGAGGUUCUGAAAGUCUACCAAAGCAUGGACCACGGUAACAAAGACUGCUUCAUCUGCUGUAUCCUCUCCCAUGGAGACAAGGGCAUCGUCUAUGGCUCUGAUGGAGAGGAGGCCUCCAUCUAUGAGCUGACAUCUUAUUUCACUGGUUUGAAGUGCCCUUCUCUUGCUGGAAAACCCAAAGUCUUUUUUAUUCAGGCUUGUCAAGGGGAUAAUUACCAGAAAGGUAUACCAGUUGAGACUGACUCAGAGCGGAAGGAAGCCUAUUUAGAAAUGGACGUAUCACUUCAAAAGAGAUAUAUUCCAGAUGAGGCUGACUUUCUGCUGGGAAUGGCUACUGUGAACAACUGUGUUUCCUAUCGAGACCCUUUGGAAGGGACCUGGUAUAUCCAGUCACUUUGCCAGAGCCUGAGAGAACGAUGUCCUCGAGGUGAUGAUAUUCUCACCAUCCUGACUGAGGUGAACUAUAAAGUGAGCAAUAAGGAUGACCGGAAACGCAUGGGGAAACAGAUGCCACAGCCUUCCUUCACUCUGAGGAAAAAACUCUUCUUCCCCCUUAAUUGAUAUUAUGUUUACCUGUAUAACACUAUAUUUGUUUUUUGAUACUUUAUUUUAUUGCUAUUUUGCACAAUUUUAGGUUAAAGUUAAUAUAUUAACUUUCCUGCCAAAGCUAAUUUUUACACUAUGCAAACAUUUUUAAAUGAAAAAUUUAAUCUAAUUCUUUUAAAAUUAUGAUUAUUUUACAAGCUUUUUAAUACUCUAUUGCCAAGCUCUUUAUUUAGCCUCUCCUAUGGCUGAUAAUAUGCACAUUGCUGCAUAUUAGACAACAUAUUUGCUUCGUACUAAUGUUGCAUUCCUCCUUUCAUGCAUUUGCACUGCUCUUUCUACCUGCACUCAGCUUAUUCUAUGGCUUUACAAAUUAUCUUUAAGAUUGCAUUAUUUUUCAGAACUUUUUUUCAAAAACAUAUUUUUAAUAGAAUAAAACAUAAUCUUAUUUUACUGUUC